AUGUCCUUGGAGGAAGUUACAGUUAAAAAUACUGAGGGGUUAAAUGAAUUAGAUUGCAAACAAAAGAAUUUUCUGGGUUUGACUAAGAAGCAGCGCAUGCGGGAACUUAAACACAUUGCCUCUGAAUUGAGUGACAUUCCUGAUGGUGCUACUGACGAAGAUAAACUUAUUGCUCUUUUUAAAAAACUUCAGCUUGCAACAGCCGAGAAUAGUUCUAUGGCAACUAAGUUAAAGCAGGCAGAUAAGCGCGUUUUGUCUAUAUCUGCUGAACGUGAUCAAUUUCUGGAUAGCUUUAAUCGAGUGAGCGUUCAGAAAGAAAAGCUGGAAUCUUUAUGCAGAGAACUUCAAAAACAGAACCAUCUAAUUAGGGAUCAAAGUAUCGCUUUGGCCGAGUCUGAAGACCAAAAACGAAAAGAGGUUGCCGAUCGGUUCCAAAUUGGUAUCAAUGAGAUCCAGACACAGCUCAAUGACUACUUGGAGAAAAAUAAUGCUCUUCGUGGGGAAAAUCAAGUUUUAGCAGAAAAACUACAUAAAUUCAUUAAAGACCACGAGAAACGCGAAGAUUACGUGCAGAAGUUGUUGAAAUCUCGUGAAUUGGAGACCAAGUUGGCGGAAGCGAAAGUGACACAAGCUCGUGUCGCAUCAGAGCAAGCACUCCUCAAUGAACAGCGUGAAACUCAACGUUAUCGUGAGGAAUGCGAGGCCCUCAAGCAACGUUUCGAUGCUCACCAAGUGGUUGAAGAAAAGCUCAAGGAACAGGUAGAAUUUUAUCUUCUCGCUUAUUUUGCGUCGAAUUGGCUUGUAGACGUAGUUGCUGAUUUAAAACUUCCUUCUCUUUCAAACGUUUCCAUCUUAAAUUGGUGCAAUAAGUGGACUAUUGAUGGCACUUAA